GAUAGCUUGCGCUUGCUAUCUACUGACUACUGGUCACCUUCCCAAUAAUUUUCUGAGAUAUUUACGGAACGCGCUGAUUUCUGCUUCGAUAAACAGUCUCUUCUUAUGUACUGUGGUUUGGCAUACAGUGUGAGGAAACAUCACAUGAAAACAAAGCGUCUCGUGCUCUCUUGUCUGACUCUUGAGCAGUAUUAUUCGAUAAUAUAUAUAAAGCACACGUUUACUUUGUUUUCGGCGUUGUCAACAUUGAAAUUGGCCUUGAACAAUCCGUGGGCUUUUCCUCCACGUUAAAUGUUUUGGUAUUUGUUCUCUUCAUUGUUCUUGAGGGGCAACAGCUUGUCUUUCCUGAAGAGGAAUCUUGAUUGGUCCUCCUCAACGGACACACACGAUGUAGACUCUCUUUCUCAUUUUCAGCAGGUGGGUUUUCCAGUUACGGCCCUACUCUAUAUCCCCUCCCCCGUGGUGUUUUUCUUUGUAAGAAUCAUUCAAAGGUUCGCUGCUGCGUACUUGCUCUAUGCAUGAACUUUCACAAGGUGGGUGUUAAAUGUUUAUUAUCUCUUUAAUCCUCACUCUUUUCUGGUUGUCAAAAUUUGUGUAUUUUAUUCAUUGUAAGCGGCUUUGAAGGUUCACGGCAGAGCAUUUGCCUUCGUGGAUGAACUAUCUCAAGGUGGGUUUCAACUUUCAACUGUCAAGUUUCUUCUUUCUUGCUUGAUAUAGGCUUCAGGUCUUUUGUUGAAAAGGGGGUUUGAUUUUUAGUUCUGGUGGUUCAUUUGAAAAUUGGCUGAAAUGCAUAUCAUGUAGCGAGGAAUGAAGUUUUGUACAAUUAUUCUGCAGCCAGGAAAGUUGUAGUGUGCUCUCAUUUUUUAUGUUUCUUUCUUUAUCAGCUGACUAUAGUUAUUGUACAGCCAGCCAUGAAGGUUUAGCUUGUGAGGUUGUUAAUGAAUAAUCUCAGGUUGAUUGGUUUUUUUGAUGCUUCUUAAUUUCUCUUUGUUUGCUUAGUCUUUGUGAUUAUAACUGUUAUUGACCAUAAUGUGCUCCUGGAAAGGUACUUGCCUAAGUAUUGCCCUAUAUUUUCUGUAUUCCAGGAAGCUAACUUGUAUUGUCUCUCAUCUUUAGACCCCCCAUAGCCCUGUUGUGCAAAAAGUCUCUGGUGGAUUCAUCUUGGGGAGGCUAAGAUAAUUGUGAAGUCAGUCUGAAAUGAAUGCAAUUGGGUCUCUUUGGUUGCUGUUUUUCCUUUCUGGUACAUUAAUAAAUGGGUAUUGUAGCAAUGUUACCUCUAGACCUGAUAUUGUGAAUGUUGGAGCCAUUUUCACAUUUGCCUCUACCAUUGGUAGAGUUGCCAAGGUUGCCAUUCAGGAAGCUGUGAAGGAUGUGAACUCUGAUCCCAACAUUCUCCGUGGAACCAAGCUUCAUGUGAUUAUGCAGAAUUCCAAUUGCAGCGGAUUUCUGGGCAUGGUUGAAGCCUUGCGAUUCAUGGAGACUGAUAUUGUUGCCAUCAUAGGCCCACAAUCUUCUGUAGUAGCCCAUAUUAUAUCCCAUGUUGCAAACGAACUCCAUGUUCCUCUAUUGUCAUUUGCAGCUACAGACCCCACUUUAUCUUCCCUUCAAUUCCCAUUUUUUGUUAGAACAACACAUAGUGAUCUGUACCAAAUGACUGCCAUAGCUGAGAUUAUUGGUUAUUAUGGUUGGAAGGAGGUGAUUGCUAUUUUUGUUGAUGAUGAUUAUGGGCGAAAUGGAGUCUCAGCUCUUAAUGAUAAACUUGCUGAAAGGCGCUGUAAAAUCUCUUACAAGGGUGGUAUUCACCCAGGAAGUGUUAACCGGGGUGAUAUCAUGGGUCUUCUUGUUAAAGUUGCAAUGAUGCAAUCUCGGAUUAUUAUUCUUCAUGUAAAUCCUGAUAUUGGUUACAAGGUGUUUUCAGUGGCACAAUAUCUUGGAUUGAUGGGUAAUGGGUUUGUGUGGAUGGCUACAGAUUGGCUCUCAUCUGUUUUGGAUUCAGCUGUUCGCCUUCCAUCUGAGAUAAUGGACACGAUGCAAGGGGUUCUUGUUCUUCGUCAACACACACCAGAUUCAGAAAGAAGAAAAUCCUUUUUCUCCCGCUGGAACAAGAUUAAUGGUGGUUCGCUGGGGCUGCAUGCCUAUGGCCUUUAUGCUUAUGACUCUGUUUGGCUUGUGGCUCAUGCUAUUGAUGCUUUUUUCAAUCAAGGUGGACUUAUUUCGUUCUCUAAUGAUUCUAGGUUAAUUUCUGCAGAAGGUGGUAAUCUUCACCUUGAGGCAAUGGGCAUUUUUGAUGAUGGGGGGCUCCUACUCAGGAACAUAUUGCAGAGUAACUUUGUUGGUUUGACAGGUCCUUUUAAAUUUAAUCCAGACGGAUCUCUUUUUCUUCCUGCGUAUGACAUUAUUAAUGUAAUUGGAACUGGGUAUCGGCAAAUUGGUUACUGGUCCAAUUAUUCUGGAUUAUCAACAAAGCUUCCUGAGAUACUCUAUACAAUGCCCCCAAAUCGUUCAACCACAAGCCAGCAACUAUACACUGUUAUUUGGCCAGGAGGGACUCUAUCAAUACCUCGUGGAUGGGUUUUCCCUAAUAAUGGGAAACAAUUGAGAGUUGGGGUACCUAGAAGGGUCAGUUUCCGGGAAUUUGUAUCACAAGAGCGAGGGACUGAUAAUUUCCAGGGUUUCUGCAUAGAUGUAUUUAUAGCUGCUAUAAAUUUGUUACCAUAUGCUGUACCAUACAUAUUUAUCCCCUUUGGAAAUGGCACAAAAAACCCAAGCUACUCGGAGCUCGUGAACAUGAUUACAACAGGGAAUUUUGAUGCUGCUGUCGGUGACAUUGGCAUAGUCACAAGUCGAACAAAGAUUGUAGAUUUUACACAGCCAUAUGCAUCAUCUGGAUUGGUUGUUGUGGCCCCAUUUGAGAAGUUACAUACUGGUGCUUGGGCUUUUCUGCGGCCAUUGAGUCGACAAAUGUGGAUUGUCACUUCCUGUUUCUUUCUUUUUGUUGGAAUAGUUGUUUGGAUUUUGGAGCAUCGGAUAAAUGAUGAUUUUCGGGGCUCACCAAAGAAACAAAUUAUAACCAUCUUAUGGUUUAGCUUGUCAACUUUUUUUUUUUCUCAUAGAGAGAACACCGCGAGCAAUCUUGGUCGCAUGGUGCUCCUUAUAUGGCUCUUCGUGGUUUUGAUAGUAAAUUCUAGCUACACUGCAAGUUUGACUUCGAUCCUUACCGUCCAGCAGCUAGAUUCUCCAAUAAAAGGGAUAGAAAGCUUAAAAAAGAGUGAUGAGCCUAUUGGAUACCAAGUUGGUUCUUUUGCUGAGCAAUAUUUGAGUGAGGAACUUGGUAUAUCUAAAUCUAGACUCAAACCGCUUGAAUCACCUGAAGAAUAUGCAGCAGCGCUUGAACUUGGCCCUCAUAAGGGUGGUGUUGUGGCUAUAGUCGAUGAACGUCCAUAUGUGGAGCUUUUCCUCUCAAGCCAGUGCUCAUUCCGGGUUGUAGGUCAAGAGUUUACCAAAGAUGGCUGGGGUUUUGCAUUUCCACGGGAGUCUCCGUUGGCUAUUGAUACGUCAACUGCGAUUCUGGCGUUAUCUGAGCGUGGAGACCUCCAGAGGAUCCAUGACAAGUGGUUGAAGCAAAGUUCUUGUAUGUUAGAAAACGCUGGAAUUGAAUUAGACCAGUUACAUCUCCAGAGCUAUGGGGGACUCUUUUUUGUAUGUGGGACAGCUUGCUUCAUUGCUCUCUUCAUAUACUUCUUACCGAUUACACACAAGUACUGCGUGAUUUCCCCAGACUCUGCUUCAAAUAAUCAACAACAAGAAGGUAGUUCCCGUUCAGGGCGUCUUAAAAAAUUUCUGUCAUUGAUGGAUGAGAAGAAAGAGCAUUCACAAGGUGAGAGCAAGAGAAGGAAAAUGGAAGAGUUGAUGGAUGAGAAGAAAGAGCAGUCACAUGGGGAGAACAAGAGAAGGAAAAUGGAAAGAUCGCUGUCGGAAAAUAGCUCGAAGGAUGGAGAAACGGAAGUAAUGGCCAGCAUAGACAGGAAACGAAGCUGUUCCUUUACCUCAGUAAAUCAUUAACUUCCAUCUUUUCUUACCUUCUGGAACUGAUAUCAAAGCAUUAUAUCCAGGCUGCUUGACAAAGGCUAAACAUUUGUUUGCAUUCUUACUUUGAAAGCAUGUCCAUGAACCUGAAUUACAAUGUAAUAACAGAGAUUUGAAUACAUUGCCCUGGGUACAAAUAGUGCUUUAACUGCA